AACAAGUCCUCUGUCCAACAAAGAAAAAGUGAAUAAACUCGCUACGCUGAAUGCUCUGAAUAGGUUCCGAGCAAACAACGGUCGAAGCAAGUGAAUGGAGAGCUGGGACUGGGAAAUAGGGAUGAGUCAAUCUGGCCUCCAAUGAGCAACCACCUAUUCCUCAUCAGUUCGACUCAGACUGCUUCAUCAAUCACCACGACACUUGCAAUCAAAAAAUCAUCAUCUCUCAUCCUUCGAGAACCUCUGAAGCUUAGUGCCGCAAGUCCACCGGUCUUAACAAAAAUUUCUUUUUCAAUUCCUUUACUGCCCCCAAAGGUCGUACCUAGUACAAACAUGGCGACCCCAACUUUGAAUGACCCCAAACACCAAUUCCCCCGCGUAGGCGUCACAGCCAUCAUCGAGCGAAAUGGCAAGGUUAUCGUCGGGAAGCGCAUGGGCAGUCACGGUAGCGGCAUGCUACAGAUGCCAGGAGGCCACCAAGAAAAGGGCGAGCUCCACUUCGAGUGCGCGGUGCGAGAAAUCAAAGAGGAGACCGAUCUUGAUAUCAAAGCCAUCGAGUACGGGCCUAUAACGGAGGAUAUCUUCGAGAAGGAGGGGAGGCAGUAUACUACGGUUCACGUGUGGUGCAAAAUGAUCGAUGAGAGUCAGGAGCCCAAGUUGAUGGAGGAGUAUAAGUGUGAAGGAUGGGCGUGGAUGUCGGCGCAGGACCUGAGGGAUUCCGUCCACCGGGGUGAGGCGUUUUUGCCGGUGAAGCAUCUUGUGGAACAUCAGGGUGGUGCAAACAAGGUUCUUGAGAUACUUGAAGAGCGUGCCGAGGCCUACGAGACGGCCGUCAGGCUAGCUGAGCAGGUCAAGCUCGAUGAGCAGACUAAGCUUAACGAACAGGCCAAGCUCAAUGAGCAGACUAAGCUUGAUGAGCAGAGGAGAGGAGAGGAGGCAGACACUGCGCAGUAGAGCGUCUAGAAUCUACAUUAAACAUGAGGGCGGGGAGCUCUCGAGGUCUAGGACGUUGGGAGGUUGUUUUGACGUCAUUGAAGCACUGCAUUCAUAUCGUUGGUGAAAAAAGAAAAGAAUAUAGAAAAUACCAG